GAAGUUUGAAGUAUCUCAUACCACAAUGGUGCCUGGUAGAAUAGUUGUCUCUAAACCUCUGUAUCUUAACAUCUUCUUUAAUCAACAGGAAAUCUCAAUUGCAGCCAAUUUACCCCAGAAGGAGAUUGGAAAGUACAUCAAAAUACUGGGAGAAGCUCUACAGUUAAGUCAGCCCAUUAACAGCAAUUCCAUAUCAGUACAUAUGCCAAGGUUUUGUACGCUUCUUCAACUGAACAAAUCUGCCCAGGAGCUGGCAACUCACAUUGGUGAAGUCGUGAUCAACAAGUGCUUCUGCACUCGCAGGAAUCCCAUCAGCAUCUCUGCAGCUGCGAUAUAUUUGGCCUGCCAACUGGAAGACAAACGGAAGACCCAGGCGGAAAUUUGUAAGGUGACAGGACUAACUGAGGUCACUCUGCGGAAAGUUUACAAAGAGUUAUUAGAAAAUUGGGAUGAUCUGCUUCCUUCCAAUUAUACUCCACUUGUCCCUCCGGAAAAAGCAUUCCCCACAGCUACAAUUGCCUCAGGCCGUUCUUCAACACCUAGAGUUGAUCUAGUCGAAGGAACUUUGGAUAGGGACCAGCAACCUGAAAGUAAGCCUACUAAAAAAAAUGAUUUCUUAAAACAGGACACUGAAAUCAAAGAUAAUUUUCGUGGCAGUCACACUUCUGCGUUGCACCAGACACCAACUUUUUGGAGGCCUCAGGUUCCAAUUGGGAGUUCUACUACUGAGACUUCCGAGAUUAAAAAUCAGAAUGUGACUCAAGAAAUGGAGAUUGAUGCAGAGUCUCUCUCUCAGGAUUUGGAAAAGAAGGUGAAUAAAGAUGCAAGGACUGUUUCUAGCUCUUUAAAGCCAAGCCAGUUUUCCGCAUCCCCUCCUUCAAAAUCAAGUUCCUUGCCCAUGCCCUGGCCAUUGGGGCCUUUUCCAUCUGUCCAAUAUGCACAACCCCCAAAGGUGGCUUCUAGUAUUGCAGAGAAAGGAACUUUGGAUCAACAUGGAACUAAAAAGGUUGAGCGAUGUGGGGAUACUUAAAAGCAGAUUCAUAAUGGGCCUUAUUUUUUUGGUGUAUAUAACUGUAGAAGAUUCGGAAAUACUCCGUUUUAAUUUCCAAAAUCGUUUCAGGUUAUUUAGCUUUGGAAUUUUGUGAAAUGCCAUGCAGCAGUACUCUGAAUCAUUUCUUGUUUGGUAAGAGUUCAACUGUUUGUUGUAAACAGCAUGUUAUCGAACUACAAGUUGCUUUAUCUCUGUGUGUACAAUCAGUUCGGGUAACCUAAAAGAAAUGGAUCGGUACAAUUAUAGCUUCCACAUUUGUUGCAUGACAUUGUUUGAGGGGCUAUUGGUUGUAUGAAUCUGAUAUGGAGCCACAAGGUAGAGAUUUGUACUUAAUUUCUUUCCCGGAUUCUUGAAGAUUAUAUCUCAACAGCAG